UUCUUAAUUUUCAGCAUGCUGCACCAUUUUUGUUUUCAGUUUGUUUUUGUUUCUGUUCUGGUAGAUUGUUACAGCCAUGAGUUCCAGUGCUCAAACGGGCAUUGUGUAGACAAUCGUUUGCGUUGCAAUGGACGUCCGGACUGUAGUGAUUAUUCCGACGAAUCAAAUUGCGUUACCACCACUCAAGAGCCAAUCACUUUGCCCCCAGCUACAGUGAGUCCACGUAGCUGUCCAUUCGGCUACGUUUCCUGUCUGUCUGGGGAUCAAUGCGUGCUCAGAAGCCAGCUAUGCGACGGACGCGUCAACUGUCCUGACGCUUCUGAUGAGUCCAACUGCGCUGCUGGCGCCGAUGGUCUACAACUUCGCACUUACCCAUCGCAACAGAACAUCAAAGAAAACAGGUAUCGACUUGAUCAAGAGGUGGUGUUCCAAUGCCGCGACGAGGGACCAAUCAGAGCCAGGGUGGAGUGGAAGCGGGCCAAUGGGGCGCCUUUGCCGCCCGGCUCCAGAGACAACAACGGCCGCUUGGAGAUGCCCAACAUCAAGCUGGAACACGGGGGCACUUAUGUGUGUGUCGCCAAAGAUUUCCCAUUGGGAACCCCUGGGGCUGAGAUCUCCGUCCAGCUGCAUGUGGAAAAAGUUCCCGAAAUCUACAUUCCACCGCCAGUCCAUUGCUACAUCAACGAGUCCACAUGUUCCAAUGGAGACUGCAUUCCACGCAACAAAGUCUGCGAUGGCCACUUCGACUGCAGCGACGGCUCCGAUGAAAUCCGCUGCAGACAAUGCGAGCCCAACGAGUUCAAGUGCGACAACAAGAAGUGCGUCUCGGCCGUCUGGAAGUGCGAUGGACAGGAUGAUUGCGACGAUGGCUCAGAUGAGCGCUUCUGCCAGGCUUCCGGGCCGGAUGGCCAAUGUGGAGCCCAACAGUUCACCUGCAGGGACAGACAAUGUGUGCCCAGAACUUUCCAUUGCGAUGGAGCCCCUGACUGUAUCGAUAAGAGUGAUGAGAUCGGAUGCACUGCCCCCGUGAUCGCUCAAGGCCCUCCCAGCAUGAUCACGCUGGCUGCCGGCCAGACGUUCAUCAUCACCUGUAGAGCAGUGGGGGUGCCCACUCCCCAGAUCAUGUGGAGACUGAACUGGAACCAUGUGCCCCCCAAGUGCCGCAUGACCAGCGAAAACGGCUUCGGAACCUUGACGUGCGAAAACAUCCAGAUCGAGGACCAGGGCGCCUACUCCUGCGAAGCUUUGUCGGCCAUUAAAACGGUGUUCGCCUCCCCCGAUACCAUCCUCACGGUGACUCGCCAGGCCUUUUGCCCAGCUGGAUAUUUCAACGUGGACGCCCGAGUGGAGAACGAAUGCAUCAAGUGCUUCUGCUUCGGCCACAGCAGCAGCUGUAGAUCGGCCGAUUUGUUCAUAUUCCAGUUCCAGCCGCCCUUCGACGCCCUGAAGCUGCUGGGGGCGAGGAUCGACCCCCGCACCGGAGUGGUGGACAUCCGGGAUGAGCCCAUCUACAAGGGGGUGGAGCCUCAGCUAUGGAACAUUGGGGCGAAUGGGGUGGCGACUUCGCUGCCCAAGUAUGCGGAGCUGAACCAACCAGACGUUGUCCCAUACUUUGCCCUGCCCGAGAACUACCACGGCAACCAGCUGAAGAGUUAUGGAGGCUACUUGAAGUACACAGUCCGACAUGGGAACACUGGCAGACCCGUGGAGGGCCCCGAUGUCAUCCUAACGGGCAACAACUACGUGCUCCUGCACGAAUCGCGCGACCCUCCAGCCCCAUUCCAAGCCGAAGAAAAACGGGUGAGGUUCUUCGAUGGUGAUUGGACGAUCAAGUCCGCCAGUCAACGCCCACGGCCCGCGUCGCGCGAAGAAGUGAUGAUGGCCUUGGAGGACGUGAGCCAGAUCCUCAUCAAGCUGGCCUACAGCAGCGACGGCCUGCUCAACACCACGCUGACCAACAUCGAAAUGGACUCCGCAGCUGUGCCGGACAGCGGCCUGGGAGUGGCCAACUAUGUGGAAGAGUGCUCGUGCCCGGUGGGAUACACUGGAACCUCCUGCGAGAACUGCGCCGAAGGCUACGUGCGACACAACUCCGGCCAAUGGCUGGGACAGUGCUACAGGGAGCCUCAAACGUGCCCUCCAGGCAGCUACUUUGAUGGCAGGGAGUGCCAAGUCUGCCCGUGUCCUUACACAAGUCCCAGCAAUCA